AUGUCCAACGAUCCAACCUCCCCCAUCUCGGUCCCCCAUGCGGAGAACCGUCGACGUCGUGGGUCCAUCGCCGACAUAUUCUCCAAGCCGAGCAACCCAUCCAAAACCCAGGUUCCAAGUCAGCAAUCCAACCAGCGUCGGCUGUCAAUCAACACGCUGGGCCUCUCUGGUUCUCCCACCCAGGCGUCCGCCUUCGGUGGCAAUCGCAACUUCCGUCGAGGCAGCCUAUCUAGCUCAAUGGGCUCCAACGGUCCAGUCGAAGAUGCUGUCGACGACGAGCAAAUAACAGGAACCUCACCCAACUCGCAGUUCGGGAGACGCGUCUCCUUUGGUGCACAAGCUCUGCGUGAUUCUCGUGCAGGGAGCAUAGGAAAUGGCGAAGGCUUUAACUGGUCAGAGGCCCUCCGCUCUCGUGCUGGGCGUGCCCCUUCCUUCGGCGGCCCCGUCUCCCCACAUCGUUCCAAUGGUAACCACCAGCGUGCCGCUUCCAUCGCAUCUAUGGAGCAGCCUAGCCGGGAAAUUCCCCGUCAGCCUAAGCAGAAUAAGCCGGAUUUCUUCCAGGAGAAGAUCUUGAGGGGUGACUUUAUGGAUUAG